GCGGAGGGCAAAGCCGGCUGAUGCUGCUGCGCACCUCGGCAGGGGACCACUGAUCGAACCCGCGGCCAAUCCAAAGCACCAGAACUAUCAUCUCAAAAAUCAUGUCUGGGAAUGAAAGAAGAGGUGGGGCACAUGCUUGGGGGAGAGGUGGACACUUCAGACAGCAACACCCCAGCAAUUCAUCAAGUAAACCUGCCAGUGGUCAGUCUAGGCCACAUAGCAGUGGUCAUGACCAUAGCACAACUGGUCAGUCUAGGCCACAUAGUAAUGGUCAUGGCCAUAGCGCAACAGGCAGUCGACGAGCAGGACCACUUUGUAAAACUUCAAACCAGAAUGAAGGUACUUCAGAUGAAGCUGAUAAAAAGUGGCAUCCCCAUGGCAGACAAGAAGGUAGGAGUGACAGAGGCCAAGGACACAGACAUGGACCCAACGGCCCUUAUAGGAGACGAGAUCACAGUUCUGGCAGGGAGAUUUCCCAGAAACAUGAGGCUCCACUUUCUGUCCCUAGAAAUCCAGCAAUUUUUUCAAAGAGGGACAGCUCUGCAGAAACAUGGAGGAAGCAUCAUGGAGAAAAAGACAAAUCAAGAGGAGACUCUGAAUCCAGAAGAGGUGGAUAUCAUCGUAUUCGUGGUAGGAGUCCUGCAAACCUGCUUAAUCUGUCAUUAGACACAGAGAGUAAUGUCACUGGAUGGACUGUGCCGAGAGUCAGAUCUCACAGUACCAACUGGAGGAUUAGUGAUGAUUCCAAAAAUGUUCACGGACACAGCACUCAACUUUCUGUGGCACAAAAGACUAGAAGUCAACAAAACCUUUUAAAUAUUUCUUGGAACAGAAGACCAAGUAAUGUUCGGCCAAGCAGAGAGCAAGGGAGAAGUCAACUUCUUGCUGCAAAAAAGAUUGGAAGUCAACCAAACCUCUUAAAUGCAUCAUGGGAUAAUACGAGACAAACAGGUGAUGAGGUGACUGAAACUGAAAAACCAAAAUACCGGGUGACAACACUGGAUUUCAGAAUCUUAACAAAGAUUUACACAAUGGAGUCCUCAGAUCUUGUAAUGAAGUUGGCAUCUCCAGGGAGUGGCUUACAGGAGUUCUUGUCACAGAAUGAGUUAACCGAGGAGCUCACUGAUAUUGCCUUGAAGGUCCUUGGUAAAGCUUGUAGAAGCAAGACUAACCGUCAUAAUUUGCAGCAUCUUCUAACCAUCAUUAAAGACUCCGUUUUUCUGAAAAGAAUCCUCCCCAUGUUUGUCAUGAAUAUAACAAAACAAAGUGAUACACAAAAAAGACAGCAAAGCCUUGAACAGCUUAAUGAGAUCCUAGUUAUCCACCUAACGUUGAUUUCUGUUUUUCCAUCCAGCACUGUGAUCGACGUCUCUCUAAUUGCAACUCUCGUUCGCCGCGAAAUUGAUAGUCUACAAAUAAGUGGACAAGUUGUUUCUGAAGAAAUAGAGAACAAUAUGAAAAACCUACAGAGAAUCAUUGAACAUUUACAAGAGAGGAAAAGAGAGGGUACUCUUCGAUCCGACAAUUACACCUACAUAAUAGAAAAUCUGAAUUUGGACAUUGAAGAUUUUAGACAAAUGUCAGUCUUUCCAACAUAUGAAGACAUCCACAUUGUUGAAAAACCAUUCAUGCGACCAAACAUUAUUGGUCAAAAAUUUCAAGACACUAAUACUUACUUGGAUACUCAUUUUCGACUUCUACGAGAAGACUUUAUUAAGCCACUGAGAGAUGGAAUUUCCCAGUUACUCCACUAUGGUGGAAAAAAUCUUCAUAAGCAAAGGUUUGAUGACAUAAGAGUUUACUCUGAUACAUGCAUAGUGGCACCUAUUUGCACGCAUAAUGGCAUUCUGUACCGCGUUCAUUUUAACAAUUCAAAUUUGAAGCUGGUUCAGUGGGAAAGUUCAAAGCGUCUUCUCUUUGGAGCCCUCGUAUGCUUAUCUAAGGACAAUUUUGAGACGAUGAUGUUUGCGACAAUUGCAAACAGAGACGUGAAGGAACUGGCAGAGGGGCUUAUAACUUUGAGUUUCACAGAAGAAAGUAGGCUGAAACUGGCAGAUGUUCGGGAAAAUGAUUCCUUUCUUAUGGUUGAAACCUCUGCCUUUUUUGAGGCCUAUCGUCACGUACUUGAAGGUUUACAAGAGAUGAGUGUUGCUGACCUAGCAAUGCAGCAGUAUAUUGUAAAUUGUGAUACUGGUAUUUCACCCCCAAAGUAUUUUCUAGGGAACCAUAACAAAUACAACUUCAAGAGUCUAGUCAAUGACAGACAAGAUUUCAUUAAAGACCGUGAACUAUAUAAGGACAGAUCUGAUCCUGAGGACUAUUCUAGCAGUUUCAGUAAUGUAAAAAUAUUACAGGCUUUAUUAAGUAACUCAAAGUGUAAUGUAUUAGAUUUAAAUGCGUGGCCCUCUAAGGAGAAAUUCAAAUUUGAUGAAUCACAGUUACAGGCAGUACAAACAGCAUUAACACAAGAGCUGGCGAUUAUUCAAGGACCACCGGGAACAGGAAAGACCUAUGUUGGCCUGAAAAUUGUAGCAAGUCUCCUAGACAACAGUAAUUUCUGGAACCCUAAUGGUGGCUGCCCAAUCUUGGUUGUGUGCUACACCAAUCAUGCACUGGAUCAGUUCAUGGAAGGAAUUUUGGAAUUUCUACCAAGAAGAGGAAUACUACCAAGAAAAGAAACACUGGUCAGGAUUGGUGGACGAUGCUCCAGUGAUAAAUUAAAAACAUAUUGCUUGAACAAUAUGCGGAGAGAGAAAGGCUUUAAACAGAAUCUUCCAGGACAUUUGCGGGCACUUUAUUCGGAGUUAAAAGAUGUCAAAGACCUAGUCGAAAUGAAAAUUAAAGAAAGUGCAGCUUUGUUUGAAAGUGCAGGAAAAGGAGUCCUCCAUGAGAAUGUUUUGGAGGAGUAUGUUGUCUCUCUUCAUGGAACCACCCUUAAAAAAACAGGGGAUGAGGAGGGCUACUUUUCGAGCAGAAAAAAAGAUUCUUGUCUAAUGUUGGAAUGGCUUGGAAUAUCUUUACUAAAUCAGGCAUCUAGGCAGACAGAAAUUGUGGAAAGAGACAUACCAGAAAAAACACCAAAGGAAAGAGAUGAUAAAAAUCCCGAUGAUCCUUAUGACACUGAAGAAACAGUUGACUAUGAGUUGGAAAGUUUAAUUGAUCCUGCAAACGAAGGAGAAGAUGGAGAAGAAUUCUUUGAAUCAGAAAGUGUAAUUGAUUCUGAGGAUGAAGAGUCUAAUGAAAGUGAAAAGGAACAAAGUAGCGAUGAUGAAACAUCCUUGAAUCCUGAAGUCCAGGGAAUACAUGAGGAUGAUUUAGCUCAGGCUGAAGAAUUGUUGAAAUCUGCUGAUUUCCUGGAGCAGGACAUAGACGAAUUAUCUGAUGUUGUCAGUGUGGCCACGCAAGGGGAUGUGGCUGACUUAACCCAGGUAAUGGAAGAGGCUGAGGAGAUUCAGGCAGAAAGAAUGAUGGAUGGGGAUGAUGUGCGUAUAGAGAUCGAAAAGGCAAAGAAGAGAGUUGUGCGAGUCCAGAAGAUGAUCCUGGCUUAUGUUCCUGAAGAGGAUAAGCAGGAAGAUGACAAAAAUAAUCGAAAGAAAAGAAGUGCACAAGAUGAGGAAUGGCAGAUAACAAAGCAAAUGAAGCAAAAACUGAAGAAAAUUGUGAAGAAUGAACUUCAUCAGACAGACUGUAUGAAGGAAGAAGAUGCAGGGGUCAUUACUGAUCUCUGGGCCCUGCCUUUUAAACAGAGAUGGAGCCUUUACAGGUUAUGGCUGAAAAAAUAUCGAAACAGUAUCAAAAUGGAGAUGCUGGAAAAUGAAAAUAACUAUCAGAAGAUUGUAGAUAGGAUAAAGGAACUGCGUAAUCAAGAAGAUCUUACAAUUCUGAGAAUGGCAAACAUCAUUGGAAUGACGACAACAGGUGCAGCCCGGUGCAGAAAAAUUGUACAGGAUAUUCAGCCUAAGGUCGUGGUUGUUGAAGAAGCAGCAGAGGUUUUGGAGGCUCAUAUUGUGACAACUCUGACUGCAGCUUGUGAGCAUCUCAUCCUCAUUGGGGACCAUCAGCAGCUGCGUCCAAGUGCCACUGUGUACGAACUAGCUAAAAAUUUCAACCUGGAGGUUUCCUUAUUUGAAAGACUUAUAAGAAUGGGCAUUCCUUAUGUUCGAUUGAACUACCAGCAUCGGAUGCGUCCAGAAAUUGCUAAACUCUUAACUCCACAUAUUUAUGACAAGUUGGAGAAUCACCAAUCAGUCUAUCUCUACGACAAAAUCAAGGGGGUUAAUUCAAAUCUGUUUUUUGUGGAGCAUGAACACCUCGAAGAGACAAUUCAUGAAGGCCGAAGUCACCAGAAUGUUCACGAAGCCACCUUUGUUAAAUCCCUUUGCAAGUACUUUAUAAAUCAGGGAUAUUUAUCAUCAACAAUUACGGUUCUUACCACGUACACAGGACAAUUCCAUUACUUGAGGAAGAUUAUGAAAAAUGAUUUCUUCAAUGAUAUCAAAAUCCGGGUUGUUGACAAGUACCAGGGGUGAAGAUAAUCACCUGGCAUCUAAUAAGUACCGCCAUAUCUCUGUACAACAAGAAUUACUGUGGUAAACAAUGAGAUGCAAAUGCAUUUGAGCCAACAAUGGAACUAUACUGGUACAUAAUAGUGAUAAUCUCUCUUAUCAUCAAAAUCUUCUUCUACAUUUGCUGGUACCGAUCCCGACAGAGGCAAAUGGAUGCUUACCUUAGUAACCCACGCAAUGCACAGAUUGUGAUUGUUGGAGGAAGAGCUUAUCUUCACCAGCUAUGUGAACGCCAAAGUGCAAAUUGGCCAAGUUGGUAUGGUAUUCAAGAUGACAGUUCUGUUGGAGAGGCUGCUGGAUCACUGCCUCCUGCACCCUCUUACAGUCAUUUAGACGUUCCCCCUCCAUAUGAAGUUGUGACAGGAGAUGACCUGAAGCCACCACCAUAUAGUGAGUAUGCACUUGGAGAAGCUGCCACAGAUCUACAAGAGACCUGUGACAAUUGCAGCAUCAGUGAUGCACCUCCACCAUACACACCGUUUCCAUUGACUGAAAUCCAUUUGCACACUGAAGCGACUUGUAAUUCUGAAGCACUAGAAAACAACUCUGUGCCAACCACUUUAGCCCAAGACUAAUAGCCAGCUCCAACCACUUCCUUUUGGCUUUUAUUUUUUGAGGUUUUGAAAAUGUAAGACUUUUUUUAAGAAUAACUUUGCACUGCUGCAAUUGGGAAGAUGCCUCAUGUUAAUCCUUCAAGCUGCCUGCCAAUAAUAAUGCUUCAUUAUACUUUAUUUUUUAUUUUAAGCAUCUUCCUGUUCAGGAUGGCUCAGACCUUAGAAAAUGCAAACAUGAGGACUGAAGCUCUGAUUUGAACAGCGUGUGACUACAUACUUGUGCAAACGACAUACUGCAAGGCAAGAAAUCUGUUAACAGAAAAGUCAUUUGCUUUAGCAGCUUGCAGAGGCGGGAACUGCUAUUUCUAUUUUUUCACUUGGAACUUGGUAGUGCGUGACUAGUGAGAAAUAAAGUGUCAGAAAAGCUUUUAUUGCCCCAGAACUUUUUCUUUCCCAAUUAUAUGUCAAAACGUUUUAUCUUGCAAUACAAUAUUUUUUUUUCUUUUGAAAUAGCAUGGAAUAAUUGCUUUUUUUGGUUUUUAAAAAUUAAUUACAUAUUUUUAAAUCUACAGCAGAAAAAGCCUUUCCUUUUGAGAAAACCUAGUGCCUAUAACAUACUGCACAUGUCUUUGUGAGAUGCUUUGUUUUGUAAUUGCCAAUUAAUUGUGCUUACUGGGUGUUCAUGUUACAAUAAAAGGAGAGUUGCAAAAAGAAUGCAGUCCAGCUGAUGAGACCAUCGAGAAGUUCCAAGUCCCAUAAAGAUACUGGAAUGGAAUUACAGUGUGGCCGAUAUCCAACCCAGCAUACAAUUCACUAUUUAGGGGAUUACAUUGGAGUAGAAGAUGUCUGGGUUCAGUCUUUAUUUCCCAGGAGCCAGUGAUGUGCCAAUAUCCAUUAUGAAUGAUUAGAGCAUUUACUAGGUUGAAUAUUCUAGAAUAUGUUGUUACCUUUGGAAAAUGGGUAGAAGUAAGAAUAAUGCUAGUGGUUUUGCUACAUUAGUUUGCUGCCAUUUGCUUUUCAACGUGCCUGCUAAUUGUCUAUCUGGAAUGUGUGUAUUCUUCCAAUUGGGCUUUCUCUGGGUACUCUUUUUUUUUUUUUUUCUUGCACACCCUAAAGGUGAGUUUGCCAGAUUAAUGGACCUUUUAAAUUUCCUCAUUUUAAAGCCUCUCAUUAAGCAACUUUUAGGCAAAGGAAAUGUCAAACCAGUUGCUGAUCUCUUUGCCCGAGUAUACCAAUUCACACAACUGCAUAUCCCUAGGAAUGUCAAAUUAUGGGACCGUGUGACAGCUUUCCAACACAGUUUCACAUUUUCAGAGUAUCUCGAACUUACUCUUUUUCUGACAGCUGAUAACCUGCUGCCUUACGGAGCAUGUACCUGUGUUUACAGGUAUAGUGAAUUCUGCAGUAAUCUCUUUCCUUUUUCCAUUCUUUCAUAGUAUGUAACACGUAAGUCAUCAGACAGACAAGCUUCUCUUGUUUGCAACGUCCAAAACACCCGCAUCUCUACUCCUCAUUAGUGCAUUAUACGCAUUGUACCUCUGUGCAAGUGCUCAUUGGUUGUGACCCCGUUGUUGAACUUGGUGAUUUUGAAAUGGAACACAUGGAUGAAGGUAUGUAUGGCCUGUAUUCAGUCUUUAUUUUUCAAAUAAUAAGCAUCUUUCAUGAAAAUCAAAUAGCCAGAAUUGUCAUUUUUGAAUUAAUACUUUGGGUGUAUUACAAUUAAAACAAUUGCUGGAUAAAAAAGUAGUGUUUGCUUCCUUUUAAAAUGGAUAAAAAGUACAAUACUGUUAACAUCUGAGCUACUUCAUUGCCAGUUGAAUUCUCUGUUUUGUUUGAGUGCCUGAUCACCGUGUUUGGGGGUCUGAAUGUUCUCUUUGUGCCCAUAUGGUUUCUCUCCUGGUGACUCUGCUUUUCUUGUCAUAUUGCAAAGCUGUACCUGUUGGGAAAUAAAAAAUUAUCCUAGUGCGAGUGUGCAAGGGGAUGAGUGAAUGUGUCUUUUCCAGGGUUGAUUCCUGCCUUAUUCCUGAUGUCAUCGAUAUCAGUUUCAACUCUAUAAUGAAAACCGUGGGAUUUGUGAAUUAUUGAAUAGCUGUAAGACAACUGUUGUAAAAUGUAUACCAAAUAAAAUGUGAUGUUUUUUGACUUUCCAAAUAAAGUUACUAUUUUUUAUUUUCCA